AUGGCAGCGAUCUCGUCGACCAUCAGUGCAUACUACAACAAAUUCGUCAAUACCAUCAAAGCCCGUCCUCGCAAUGCGGCCAUCACGUCCACCGCACUCGCACUAGCCAUAUCUCUCGCCUGGGUCGUCCAGGACUUCCAUGACUGGAAAGCCUUCGGCACAGGUGGCACACCGCCGACAUGGGCAGGGUACUGGCGCAUGACGAAGAUCCGGGUCAAUCGCCGAAUCCACACCUUACUACAACUCGGCAAAGAUGACCUGAUCGACGCUUCGACGCUGUCAGCCUCGGGCCCUAAAUAUCUUGACCCCGACAACAUUCCAGUCCGUGGAGGGAAGAGGCCACAGCUCGUUUCCCGAACCAUGCCUCAGCGUCAAGUGCCGUACAAAUCGGACGCGAUAGAGCCCGGCGUGGCAGAGAGAGUGAGCGACAUGACGGCCAUCUUCGCGGCAAGGUAUUCCGACAUCCUCGACCUGAAGCCCAGCAAAACAGAAGGUGGAAGUGCCGAUGCAAUUUACGCGAAACUUUCUCUGCCUACGCUCAAUGAGAGGGCUAAACGAGACAGGAUCCUCACCACGGAAAUCGCCCAUCAUCAUCCGUCGGAACUGAGUUUCCAUGUCUGGCUGAGUGAGGCGGAUGCAAAGACUGUCGUGGAGAAGGGUUGGGGGCAGCGGUUUCCCAUGGCGUCUGUCGAUAAAGGCUGGACCAUGGUAUAUGCGCCGCGCACCAUGCCGGAGGUGGAUGUGGUGGAACGGAUCGUGAAAGCGGGCAUUGCUUGGGUCAGUGGUGUUGUGGUUUGA